AUUAAAAAAGAGUCAAAAGCCCCAAUCUGUUUCUGUAUCUAAUAUAAUACACACACGAUUCGUGUUUCUCAAAUUACAAAUCCCUAAUCUUUUUCAGACAAAUUUUGAUUCUGCUUACAUAUAAUUUACAUAAACGUUACAAGUUUUGUACCUAUAAUUCACAUCAAAACCCUAAUUUCCCAAUUUUAUUCAAAACCCUAGUUUCACUGACAGCUCAAUUACAAACCCUAAUUUUCAAAAUUGAAAGUUUUUAACAACUGGGUAUUGGAUGUUUUGAACUUAAGAUUAGGUUUCUUCCAUAAAGCUUCUUGCUUGAUUCAAAGUUAUUCAAUGUGUGAGACAGUAUGCAGGUCAUAGUUUGGAGAAAUGCAAAGGUAUCAUGCUACCAACUGCACUAGUGCAGUCAAUAGCAGUGCAGUUGGUGGCUCAUUAGGCCGGGAUACUUCCCGAGCUGAGUCGUCUUCUCUCCCAGCUAAUUAUCCAAUAAAUCGGCGACCUUCUCAGCCUGCACCCUACAAAUUGAGGUGUGAGAAAGAUCCCCUGAAUUCUAGGCUCCCACCGCCUGACUUUCACCCUCCGACUACAAAUUGCCCAGAGGAGACCCUUACAAAGGACUAUGUGCUUGCUGGAUACAGAGAGACAGUUGAGGGGCUUGAGGAGUCCAGAGAGAUAACUUUAUCACAGAUUCAAACUUUCACCAAGCCUGUAAUCUUAAAGUGCAAGGAGGCAAUCAGAAAAUAUCACCGAGCAAUCAAUGAAUCUCGUGCUCAGAAACGCAAGGCUGGUCAAGUAUAUGGAGUCCCUCUUAGUGGUAAUUUAUUGAGUAAGCCCAGUGUUUUUCCAGAACAAAAAGCCAGUGGUGAAGAUUUUAGGAAGAAGUGGAUUGAGGGCUUGUCUCAACAGCAUAAACGUUUACGGUCCCUGGCUGAUCAUGUUCCUCAUGGUUAUAGACGAAAAUCACUGUUUGAAGUCCUUAUCAGAAAUAAUGUACCUCUACUAAGGGCAACUUGGUUUAUUAAAGUAACAUAUCUAAAUCAGGUUCGGCCAGGGACUUCUAGUACAUCUUCUGGCUCAGCUGACAAAACUCGGCUUUCCCGCUCAGAGCAGUGGACAAAAGAUGUUAUUGAGUAUUUACAAUAUCUCCUUGAUGAAUUUGUUUCUAAAAACAAUUCUCAUUCUACCUUGCAUUCUAAAGACCGAUCACCCCAAUUUGCUUAUGCCGGGUCCAUCCAGCACAAGAAUGACUCUGUGCUGACGCCUGAUGGUGAUGAGCCUUCGUUACAUUUCAAAUGGUGGUAUGUGGUGCGAAUCAUACAGUGGCACUAUGCAGAAGGGUUGCUUCUUCCUUCUUCGAUCAUUGAUUGGGUUUUAAAUCAAUUGCAGGAGAAAGAAUCACUUGGGAUAUUGCAAUUGCUUUUGCCUAUCAUAUAUGGUGUUAUUGAAACUAUUGUCUUAUCUCAAAAUUAUGUUCAUACUCUUGCGGCGAUAGCUGUUCGUUUUAUCCAGGAACCAUCUCCAGGUGGUUCUGAUCUUGUGGAUAAUUCUAGGCGGGCAUACACUAUAUCUGCUCUCAUUGAGAUCCUUCGAUAUUUAAUACUUGCUGUUCCGGAUACUUUUGUUGCCUUAAAUUGCUUUCCCUUGCCAUCAUGCGUGGUAUCAAAUGCAGCAAAUGAAGGUAGUAUGAUAACACGGGUUACCAGGGAAGGUGGCACUAAACACGGGCCUUCCUUAUCCAUUGAUGCAGUUGUUUCUUCAAUUCAGAAAUGUGCAAUAAAUCUUGCAAGAGCAGCAAGACCUGGACAUCGGGUUCAUGGUGUGGCCAAAGCAGUUAAUGAGUUAGAUAAAACACUUAUACAUGGAGAUAUCACAACCGCUUACAAGUGCAUGUUUGAGGAUUUAUGUGAUGAAAUAGAUGAUAAAAGGUGGACAUCAGAGGUCUCCUUGUAUUUAAGGUCAUCUCUUAAAUGGAUCGGCACAGCUAGCUCUUCCUUACUUUGUUCCAUAUUUUUUGUUUUUGAGUGGGCAACAUGUGACUUUAGGGAUUUUAGGACUGCCCCCCCUCAUGGUAUUAAAUUCAGUGGCAAAAGAGACUUUUCUCAGGUAUACGUUGCUACUCGACUUUUAGAGAUGAAAAUGAGAAAUAUGCGUAGUUCAAGCAAGUCAAAAGCAAGUAAAAAAGUCAAAGAUCUGUCACAUUUUUUUCAAAGCCCUGGCCCGUUACAUGACAUUGUUGUGUGUUGGCUUGAUCAACACCAAGCUGAAAAUGGCGAAGGUUUUAAGCGUGUUCAGUUACUCAUAAAUGAACUCACUCGAUCAGGAAUUUUUUAUCCCCAAGCCUAUGUGAGGCAGCUUAUUGUUAGUGGAAUCAUGGGUCGGAAUGACUCAGUUGUUGACUUUGAUCGGAGGAGGAGACAUUAUAAACUCCUGAAACAUCUUCCCAGUUCAUAUGUUCAAGGUGCACUUGAAGAAGCACAAAUGGCCGAGACAUCUCUUAUUUCAGAAGCCAUGCAUAUUUACUCAAAUGAACGUCAUCUUUUGCUUCAUGAACUUUUUGGCCUUCCAAAGAAUAUCAACUCUUUGCAUAAGCAGAAAACCAAUCAAAAGUUCGGAAUCGUUCAACGGAAAAUACCGUCAUCUGCAUCUGAUUUGGUAUCGAAUAAAAACAUCAAUAGGGCUACCAAGAUAGAUGAACUUAUGAAUUCAAUUGGGGUGCUGCUUCAUUUCCCAAGUUCCCUUUCUUCCAUGGAGAAUGGUCUUGAUGAGUCACCUGGUAUUAAACGCCCCGCCGGGCCAGUAGUUAUUAGUGAAGGAACACCUGGAUGUGAAGAAUGCAGGAGAGCGAAGAGACAAAAAGUAGAAGAAAAAAAUCCUAAUCUGUCUGAUGAUGAGGAUGUUUGGUGGGUUAGAAAGGGCCUUAAGUCAUUGGAGUCUUUUAGAGCAGAUCCACCGAUCAAACCAGUAAAACAAGCCUCAAGAGGCAGACAAAAAAUGGUCCGUAAGACUUCAAGUCUUGCUCAGUUAGCAGCUGCCAGAAUUGAGGGUAGCCAGGGUGCAUCCACUAGUCAUGUAUGUGAUAGCAGAGUAAGUUGUCCUCACCACCGAAAUAGUAACGAUAAUGAUGUCCUGAAAACAACGGAUUCAAUCAAAAGUGUCAAUUUUGGAGAUAUCUCUUCAAUUGGGAAAGUUUUGAAACAUGUACCGUUAGAUGAGAAGCGGGCUGUUGUAGUGUGGUUGAUGGGCAUUGUGAAGCAGCUUGUUGAUGAGGCUGGAAAAAUCCCCGAGACUCCAGCAAAAGUUGGACCGUACGGUAGAAAUUUCCCGCAUGUUGAUGAUAAAGGUUUGGGAAAAUGGAAGCUUGGUGAAGAUGAAUUAUCCACUAUCUUGUAUUUGAUGGAUGUUUGUGAUGAUUUAGUUUCUGCAGCCCGGUUUCUUAUUUGGCUGUUGCCUAAAGUUCCUAUUAACCCAAUUCCUCCGGUCCAUGGUGGGAGAAAUGUUAUGAUUGUACAGAAGAAUGUUGACAAUCAACUGUUUGUUGUUGGGGAGGCACUGAUCUUAUCAUCUCUUAGAAGGUAUGAAAAUAUACUUGCUGCAGCUGAUCUUAUUCCAGAAACAUUAUCUGCCAUGAUGCAUCGUGCUUCCGCAGUUAUGGCUUCCAAUGGGCGGAUUUCUGGUUCUAUAGUUUUAGUCUUUGCUCGUCAGAUGUUAAAAAAAUAUGGGCAUGUAGUGAGUGUUGUCGAAUGGGUAAAGAACUUCAAAACAACAUCUGAUAAAAGGCUUGUUAUGGAACUUGAAUCUGGAAGAUCAUCAGAUGGAGAAUUUGGUUUCCCACUUGGAAUUCCUGCAGGAGUCCAAGAUUUUGAUGAGUUCUUACUUAAAAAGAUUAGCGGUGUUCGUAUUUCUAGAGUUGGUUUGGGCAUGCGGGAUACUGUUCAAAGACUCAUUGAUGAAGUCAGUCCUACGCCUUAUGGUCAGGAAAAGAAGUCUUUUGCAGGUGGCCAGUUGAAAAGAGCAAGUCUAGAGAAAUCAGAUGAUGCGUUCCCGAUAGCUCAACAGGUUGUAAAAGGGCUAUUGGAUUGCAUGAGACAAACAGGAGGUGCAGCGCAAGAAGGUGACCCGACAUUGGUUGCAUUUGCAGUUUCUGCAAUUGUAAGUAAUGUCGGGCAAGUGAUUGCUAAAAUGAAUGAUAUAUCUCAGAAUUCAUUAAACUUCGCGAGAUACAUCUUACGUAUUCAUCUUACAUGUCUGUCCCUACUAAAAGAUGCACUUGGAGAACGCCAAAGUCGGGUUUUUGAAAUAGCUCUUGCUACCGAAGCUUCGUCUGCCCUAGCCCAACUUUUCUCUCCUCCAAAAGCUGCUCGUGGUCAGUUACAACUAUCUCCCGAAACCCGUGAUUCCAUAUCUAAUGAAAAUCUGAACAUUGCUGGUAAAACUACAUUUUCUAAGCUAGCCAAAACGACUGGUGCAAUUUCUGCGCUUGUUAUUGGGGCUGUUCUUCAGGGUAUUGUUAGUCUUGAAAGGAUGGUAACAGUUUUUAGAUUAAAAGAAGGGCUAAAUGUGAUUCAGUUUGUAAGGAGUACAAGGUCAAACUCAAAUGGAAGUGUACGGUCUAUAGGUGAUUUAAAAAUUGAUAAUCUGGUUGAAGUUUCCAUACAUUGGUUUAGGGUCCUUGUUGGGAAUUGCAGGAGUGUUUCUGAUGGAUUCAUAGUCGAGAUUUUGGGUGAAUCUUCUAUCGUAGCAUUAUCAAGAAUCCAACGAAUGCUUCCUGUUAACCUUGUCUUCCCACCCGCUUUUGCUAUGUUUGGAUUCUUGAUAUGGAAACGGUUCAUUCUCAACGCAAAUGUUAUGGCUCGUGACAACAUUUCACAGCUAUUUCAAUCUUUAACAAGUGCUAUCACAGAUGCCAUAAAGCAUUUACCCUUCCGUGACGUGUGUCUCAGAGAUUGUUCUACAUUAUAUGAUAUAGUGUCUACGGAUACAAGUGACUCUGAGUUUGCUGCCAUGCUGGACUUGAGUGGGCCAGAUAUGCAUUCAAAGAUUACGGCUUUUGUCCCUAUAAGAGCCCGAAUCUUUUUAAAUGCCAUCAUUGAUUGUCAAUUGCCACAUGAAGUUCUUUUCCAUGAUGAUGGGAAUCGGGCAUCUGUGCAUACUGAGUUAAAUGAGAUGAAGCUUCUUGAUAAGCUUGUUCAUAUUCUGGACACCUUGCAGCCUGCAAAGUUUCAUUGGCAAUGGGUUGAGCUCAGAUUGCUAUUGAACGAGCAAGCCUUGAUUGAAAAAGUAGAAGCCCGGGACGCUUCUAUAGUUGAAGCUUUGAAAUCAUUUUCACCAAAUAAUGAAAAUCUUGGGACUUCUGAGAACGAAAAUAACUUCAUUCAAAUGGUCUUGACCCGGCUUCUGGUUAGACCCGAUGCUGCUUCUCUUUUCUCUGAGGUUGUGCACCUUCUGGGAAGGUCGCUAGAGGAUGAAGUUCUGUUGCAAGCAAAAUGGUUCCUUAAAGGCCAUGAUGUUCUCUUUGGUCGAAAAUCAAUUCGGCAACGGUUAAUUAAUAUUGCUGAGAGCAAAGGUUUGUCAACUAAGAUUCAAUUUUCAAAACCAUGGGGUUGGUGUAAUUCCUCUCCAGAUGGGCCUGGGCCCACAAAAAAAGGGAAUAAGAGGAAGUCUGAGAUGAUAUCUCUGGAAGAAGGCGAGGUAGUUGAUGAUGGAAAUGGAACCGACACAAAGAGACAUUCUAGAACAUUUAGCCAAGUUUCAGAUGUUGAAGCGUUUAUAGUCAGUCAACAACACGUGACCGAAAAAGCGUUAGUGGAAUUACUUCUUCCGUGCAUUGAUCAGAGCUCUGAUGACUCACGGGUCACUUUUGCUACUGACCUAAUUAAGCAGAUGAACGAAAUUGAGCAGCAGAUAAGUACAGUUACUCAUGGAGUGACUAAACAGGCAGGAACCGUUGCUUCUGGGAUUGAAGGUCCAGUGGCCAAAGGGAAUACUCGUAAGGGUAUAAGAGGUGGUAGUCCUGGAUUGGCUAGACGUCCUGCAGGCCCCGUUGAAAUGAUGCUGCCUUCACCUUCAGCAUUGCGUGCUUCGAUGUCGCUGCGCUUGCAGCUCCUCCUAAGACUGCUCCCUGUAAUCUGUGCUGAUGGUGAGCCAUCAGCACGUAACAUGAGGUACAUGCUUGCGCCAGUGGUGCUUCGUCUUCUUGGAAGUAGGGUCGUCCAUGAAGAUGCAGAUGCUUCUAACCCUGCUUCUAAAUUUUCCAUCAAGAGAGAGGUGGAAUCGAUGAUAGAUUCUUCUGCUUCUGUUGAUCUUGGUGAAAGUCUCUUUGAUCGUUUAUUAUUGGUGCUGCAUGCUCUGUUAAGUAGCUCCCACCCCUACUGGCUCAGGGCAAAGCUUAUUUCCAAGACUGCGUCUGAGGGUUCCAGAGACUCAUCACCGUAUGAUCGUGAAGUUGCAGAAAAUUUGCAGAAUGAGUUGGAUGGCAUGCAAUUACCGGAUGCAGUCAGAUUGCGGAUUCAGACUGCCAUGCCAUUUGUUUUCCCUUCUAUGAGAUUUUCAAUAUCUUGCCAGCCACCCAGUGUCCCCAAUUUCGCACUUGGUUAUCUUCAGCCGACCAUAUCAAUACCCGGACCAAAUCCUGGAAGUCAUAGAAACAAUCAAGUUUCUUCAUCUCGCAUCAUUUCAAAUGGGCCAGGAAAGGCCACAAAGCCCGUGUCCUCACAACCUGAUUCCAGUAUAGAGAUUGACCCAUGGACCCUUUUGGAGGACGGAGCAGGAUCGGGGCCAUCUUCCAUAAAUGCAGCUGCAAUUGCAGGAAGUGAUAAUGCUAAUCUGAAAGCAUCAAGUUGGCUCAAGGGUGCGGUCAGGGUGAGGAGGAUGGAUCUGACUUACAUCGGUGCCAUAGAUGAUGACAGCUGAUUAUAACUUUUCAAAAGUUAAAUUUAAAGUCAGACCCUGGUUCAGGUAAUCAUUAACUUGUAAUAUUACCAUUUUGGGGUCAGGGUCAGUGUCAGCCUCCUGUUUUAUGUCCUAACCGGCAACAAGCAGUGUUUGAGGCUGAUCAUAUUCUUUUGAGGGCACGGGGUAGUCCGGAAUUUUCUACGAACAACCAGAUGCAUUCCUUUGGCUCAGUCCUGGCUCGAUGACUAACCCCUUGGACCAUAGUGGCUCAGUCCUGGACCGUAUGGUUCGGAGAUUUGUUGUAUAUAUAGGGAUAUCUGAGCAAAAAGUAUGUGAAAAAAAAAAGAAAGAGAGAAUGAUGUUCAGCAGUCGUCUGUUUUGUUGGCCCUUUUUAGGACUAUCGAGCUGGAAUAAUAUACACACCAAGCUCUUUUAACACUUUACUCUCUCUCUCACUCACACACUUUGUGUAUUAUUAUCAUUAUUGUUUGCUCAUAUGGAGUAUGAAGAAGAUAAAUCCUUUUCUCCUCAAGUUAGAAUCGAAUCUAGAGCAAUAAACAAAUAUAGACUUGUCUCAUGUAGUGUAAGUUAGUGUAAGUUGUACCAUGCUUUGCAUUUGACUAUUUUUUGCUCUAGAUUAUUUUGUGUU